GUAGGAAGUGUGAUCUGCGAUAUCUCCACUUUGUGUUGAGUGUGUGUUUGAGUGUGUAUCGAUUUGUGUGUGUAUGUUCUCUGGUGGGCUGUGUGAAUGAAAUGCUGACCUGUGGUAUGAGUUAAGGAUAAUGUCUCUGAAACUACCUCGCAACUGGGACUUCAGCACCUUCAAGGCUGAGACAGCUCGCAUAGCACGAUCCAGGAGUGUGAUACCCGGAGAGGGAGGCUCCAGCCCGGGGUCGCCACGCUCCACCAAAUCCAUGGAGAGGCCGCUAAAGGCCGGCUGGCUCAAGAAACAGCAGAGGUCUUUGGUAAAGAACUGGCAGCAGCGCUACUUUGUGCUGAGAGGAAGCACUCUGACCUACCACAAAGAUGACAAAGAGACCACAGUCCAGGGAGUCAUCCAGCUACGGUUCAGUAAAGUUAAUGAACUCCCUCCGAACUCAGAUGACCCUGGGAAGUACCUCUUUGAGAUCAUACCACGUACAACUGGAGACAGAGAGCGAUGUCCCUAUGUGUUAAUGGCAAACUCACAGACUGAUAUGGAGGAGUGGGUCCGCACUCUGCGCAGGGUCAUCGGCGUACCAACAAGUGGAGUGUUUGGAAAGAGUCUUAAGGAUACAAUAACAUAUGAGCAACGGUUUGGGCCUCAUAUGGUGCCAAUCCUGGUGCAGAAGUGUGUGGAGUUCAUCAAAGAACACGGCCUGAAUGAGGAGGGCAUCUUCCGCCUCCCGGGUCAGGACAACGCUGUCAAACAGUUCAGAGACGCCUUUGACGCAGGAGAAAGGCCCUCCUUCCCCAGUGACACAGAUGUACACACGGUGGCGUCACUGCUCAAGCUGUACCUACGUGAGCUUCCUGAGCCCGUCGUGCCAUGGACUCAGUACCAAGACUUCCUGGACUGCACUAACAAUCUGGACCCCAGCAGCACAGAGGGUUGGGAAAAGUUGGAGACACAAAUUGCUCUUCUCCCCAAAACAAACUACAACCUUCUCAGUUAUGUCUGCAGGUUUUUGUUUGAAGUGCAGCUGCACUCCAAGGUGAAUAAGAUGAAUGUGGAGAACUUGGCGACAGUGAUGGGCAUCAACCUGCUCAAACCUCAGAUAGAAGACCCCAUCACUGUGAUGAAGGCGACUCCUCAGAUCCAGAAGCUGAUGACAGUGAUGAUCAGACAGCAUGAGACUCUGUUUCCUCUCUCCAAAGACGUGCUUCCCUCCCCUCCCUUAAACAAGGCUGAAAGCCAGAAGAACACUCCCCGGAGCUUUGUGGGCUGGGAGUCUGCAGAGAUGGGUGAUGCAUCUCUGUCUGAGUCUCCAGAAGAGGAGGAGGACAAUGACAGUCCAGGUCCAGGCAGAGGAAACUGCAGCCCGCGAAAUACGCUUCAGGAGCCUUUCUCACCUUCCACAGACCACUGGUCGGAGAGUCCCCGCAAACGCACUCAGACCCUGCCCACCUUCAACUGCCCCCUCACCGGGAUGGCAGCCAAGGCCGAAGCUCUCAACCGGUGGAGUCGCAUUCAGGAGAGCCCUGAGGAGAAGAGUGGCACGUUUUCAGAGGACAUUUUUAAGAUGCUGGACCUCCGGAGUUCAGGUUCCUUGUUUGGGGGUUCUCAGAUCAGUAACAAGGAGGGAGAGGAUAGGUUAACAGUCCGAAGAGGAAGUGACAACACAGAUUCUUCGACUGCUUGUAUCCAAAAACCUGACAGCAACUCCCAGCCUGCCCCGGCGCUGUCUCAUCAAACAAGUCUUAGGAAUCUGACAGUGAGCGGUUCAGUUCAGCAGGUCAACAGCAGCUCUGAGCAGAAGACAGACAGCCAGCAGCUUGUGGACAGUCUGCAGCAGCAAAACAAGGAGCUGAAGGCCACAGUAGCAGAGCUCCAGUCUGCUCUGGAGGCAGAUCGCCACCGUGUGGCCGCUCUGGAGAUCUGCCUGAGAAAUGCAGAGCGCAGCAGAGACGAGGCCCAGAGACGCAACGAUGAGCUGCAAAGAGACAUUCAGCAGUUCCUCAAGAUAAGGCCACAGGCUCCCACCUAACAGUCAUUUUCAGAUUUACUACUAUAUGGAUUUAUGACUGUGUUACCCAUUAACAGAGCUAAUUUCACAUGAAAUGAUUGUGGAAAAUACUAGUUUGGUCUCUUAUUGGUCAUCAACAUUAAUUAUUGGCUCAUUUGUUUGUGCCUGUAAGAAAUGUUUAUGAAAAAGAGAUCUCAAUAUUCUUUAAUAUAACUUUUCACAUAACAGACUUUAAACACAAUAGUUUGUUGCUAUUGUAGGAGUCAUUGGACAGUAUUUGAACUGCUUUGAAAUGCAAAGGUGGACAACAACAGCUUAGACUGGACUUAAUUAUGUUAAUGGUGGACAGUACAAAUGCUAUGUGUCAUAUAUGGAGUGAAAAGUCCAUCAUGUGAUCUCCCUUUUAGUAAUAAAUUAAUGAAAAAA